CCCUAGGCGGACUAGACGUUUCUCCAUGGACACUUCUCAGCUUUGUUUACAUCGUUCUGCUUAUAGUUUCUCUACUACAAUGGUAUCAGUGUCGUUCACAUUGUAUAAUUAUUUGUGAGCUAUUGGGAUUUCCAAUAAUAAUCAUUUUCUAAAAGCAGCAGCAGGCCAUUUGCAAUAUAUCUCAAUAAAAUAAUUUGCAAAAUUUUAUUGAAUUAACAUUUUAUUUAUUUAUUUAUAUUUAAAUUAUAUAUAGGUGAUUUUGGCCAACUAAAUUAGGCAUAACCAAAAUGACAGAGAUUGUUUUGCCGGGUGAUCGGAUUUCAGCUGCUGAAGAAUUAGCUAGGAGUAAAAAAGUAAUUUUAGGACCAGGGUUGCGACGAGAGAAUGAACAAGUUAUUGCUUGUAAACCGGGGAGACUUCAUCACAAGGAGCCAAACACCUACUGGGUAGAUAAUCAUCAGCAACGCUAUGUGCCUGUAAAAGGCGAAGCAGUGAUAGGCGUAGUGACAGCUAAAGCGGGAGAUAUAUAUCGAGUAGAUAUUGGAGCACAUGAUCAAGCUUCUUUGUCAUAUUUGGCUUUUGAGUCGGCUACAAAGAAAAAUCGUCCUGACGUAAAUCCUGGAGAUAUUCUUUAUGGAAGACUGAUUGUCGCCAGCCGCGAUUUAGAACCAGAAUUAGUAUGUGUUAAUUCGAGUGGAAAGAAAGGCAAACUAGGUGUGCUAACAGAUGGUUUUGUCAUGAAUUGUAGUUUAAAUUUAGCGCGCUUGAUUCUACGUGAAAAUUGUCCAUUAUUACGAGAGCUUACUAAAGAAAUGCCAUUUGAAAUAGCUGUCGGACUAAAUGGACGAAUCUGGGUUAAAGCGAAAAGUCAACGAGAGACAAUAGCUCUUGGAAAUGCAAUAUUAGCAGCAGAAAACGCCUCUUACGAGGAAAUGCCGAAGAUUUGUGAGAACAUUGGAAAUAUAUUAUUUUCCUAAAUUUCAAAAUGAUUAGUUAUUUCUUAUUCCUUAAAUUACAGUGAAAUAAUUAGAAAA